UCCUAGCUCCUCUCUGUUAUUGUUAUUGUUAAGGACCUUCUGUGCGGCUUCUGUGUGGUGAAAUGAUAUCCUCAAGAAUGAUACCUUUCAUAGCUGCUUCAUAGGCCAUCCAUUUUAAGUUGCCAUUAUCAGUUGGACCAAGUUCAUGUGGGCAUCUACCAGACUGAAUAAAAAAAAAAACCUUUAAGUGCAGAUGGCUGAAAAGAUGGAGCAGUUUCUACAGAGCUGUGAGAGGCAAGCCACUAAGCAAAGAGUAUUGCAGAUGGAGGCCAAGAAGCAGGAUUCAGAAGGACCUAUCGAAGCAGUAGGCCAAGGAGCCGUUCGUCCGGCUGAAACCCACCAAGAUCUAGAGGAUGACACCUGUCCGCUUCGGACAAGUACCCCGAAGAAGAACAGCAACCCAAAUCAACCAGAGGCACUGAACAUGAGAAGCCCCAGUCCCGUUCCUUGCGUCAAAGACACUCUUCCGGCUUUGCCUAUUAACUGUCAGGAGGUUGUAGAGGAGGUAGCAGAGCUUUGUCCGCAAGAAGAGGAAGAUGCAGAUGGGAACGACCAGACUGAGGUACGGUCCAUGGCUGGGGACCUUCAAGAGGUUGACACAACCAACCCUGUGGGAACAUCAAAGCCAUUUGCUAGUCAUACCCCCGAAGAGAUCAUGUCCUCCGUUGAUUGGGUGACGGAUGCUUCGAUAGCUAAUACCGAGGAAAUUAAAAAGUUAGAAGAUACUCAAAGGAAGCAUCGGGUAGCAGCUGUAUACCAGCACUCGAAGUCUAUGACUGAAAUAGAGUUGUUAAAGAAUGAAAGUCGAUGUCAUGUUGAGAACAAUGUCAUGCUGAGUCGGAGGAUUACGGCCCUUGAAAAUGACAAGGCAGUAGCAUCUGCAGGUGUAGAGCCAUGGAAGAUUUCCUUCUUAGAUCUUAAAAGAAAUAAGAAGGAAUUCAUCUCUUCCAGAAUCAUUCAAACUAAAUGCGGGGGAUGCUUUCAGGCAAAGUUAUUCCUGAAUGGGGUGAUUCACCUGGGGAAAUUACGGUUGAGGUUAGUUGUCUAUGAUAUAUCCGAGGGCGCUGCUGCUGAAUCGGCUCGUAGCAAGUACCGCUGUAGAGUGCAACUCCUGCACUUUCAUAACAUUACCAAUUCCGUUCAGGAAGAACAGGAUUUACGAAUGGAUGCAUGUGGCACUGAAUUCCUUACGUUAUUUCCCAUGACAAAAUUAGAAGAGAAUGAUAGUCCAUUUGUGAAGGAUGGGGUCAUUUUGAUCAAUCUAAUCUUUGAAAAAAUAUAAGCCGACAACAUUCCAAGCCCAAAAUUAAUUGGGCCUGACACAUACCAGUUUCUUUUAUUCUUUUUUUAUUUACAUUUGCCUGUUGAUGAUUGGGAACUCAGGCCCACAAAAGAAUACAUGCAUGGUAUACCGGGAAACCUCUACACUUUUUCUUAUUGCCAUGGAAACCUUCGGAAGUUAUAUCCCUUAAUUAUUAAUUUUAGAUUUCUUUUUACCUUUAGGAGUUACAAUUAAGCCUACCUCAUCCCCCUGUGGUUCCGUGUUGUAUGUGACUACAACAUGUAUGUAAUCAUGUACACUGUAUUAUGCAUGUUUUUCUUGACAAUCUACAUUUACAUGGGACAUGUAGGCCGUCAUAUUUUGUCUAGCCCGCCAGAGGUGAAGACUUAGGGAUCCAAAUGUCGUCCGUCCGUCACAAACAUUAUGACACAUAACUCAGCAGCAACCUUAAGUCACAUUUCAACCAAACUUGGAUGGUGGAUGUACUUAGGGGACCUGCAUGUUAUGCUGCAGUCAGAGGUCACAUUUUAAGGUGAAAGGUCAUUUUAAGGUCAAUGUUAAAGUUUACAUGCAGGACUCUCUUAUGACACAUUACUCAGCAACCUUAAGUCACUUUUCACCAAAACUAGGCCUGGGUUGUUAUUGUACUGGGGACUUGCAUGUUAUGCUACAGUCAGAGGUCACAUGGUAAAGUCAAAGGUCAUUUUAAAGUCAACAUUAAAGUUUACGUGCAAGACACUCUUUAUGACAAAUGUUAUUCCAGGGCAGUUAUUUCACAUUGAAAUUUUGAUAAAUUCUGGUUAUUUUCAUAAUGGGCAAGACACAAUUUGCUUAUGCCUUGUUUUAAUGCAGCGAUUAUACAUGUAUGAUGUACAUCAUAAUCUAUGCCAUGUUACAAUACUUUAUGUACAUUCAUGUGUAAUUUGUAUUUAUGUUCGCAUAUAGAUAUUCUAGGUCAACAAGAUUUUUGCUACCUAGCUGAUCAUGAUGUUGUAUUUAACUGAAAUGUUUUUUUUUCUACUGAAAUUUUGUUUUUAUUUGAUUCUUAUGUUUUGCAUAAGGAAUCUUGAAAAUCAAAUGAAAAAUAGGAAAAUGUAAAUUUUAAGUAAAGUAUUAGUAAUAUAAACUCGGUUUGUUACCUGCUUUAAUUUUUUUUACUAAAAUUGACUUUUGCUAAAUUAAUGCAGUUGCUUUGUGUAGAAAUGUUUUUUUUAAAUGAAUUCACGCUUCUUGUAUGCUUAGUGUGUGCCUCUAUGUAUUUUCAGAGAAAAUUGAGAGCUUUUUUUAUUUAAGAAAAUUGAUUACAUUUUAAUUGUUUGUUUUGAGUGUAAAUUAUCUCAAAUUUAAUGGAAUUCAUUGAUGUGUACAUAGAAUUAGAUUCUACAUAUCAUAUUCAUCAUAGAGAUGUACAUGUAUUUACUUCAUAUUUCAUGUUCCAAAUCAUGUACAAACAUUGUAUUUUGUAUUUGAGGGAGAUAAUCCCUAUAUACCAGAGGCCCGUAACACAAAGCUUAGCAAUGAUCAUAGAACAUUUUCUACGAUUGAUUCCAUUGACCACAAUGUACAAUCAAUCGUGAAAAUCAAGCGAAGAUUAAUCGCUUACCUUUGUGUUACGAGACCAAGGAUAGGUGUGAACUGUGAGCUAAAUUGUAAUUUUUUAUCCUGCUGUAUGGAUCCAUUUUCUAUCAAUGGAUUUAUCUCAGAAUCAAUUAAAGUGACCUUUCAUUGACAAAUCAUGGGGAAAUCAAGGCUUAUCUCAGAACAGAAGGGAUUCCACUCGGCUGCAUGCCUGGGGGUGUUACGUAAUAGACGCCGGCAUGUCUGGGAGGUAUUGAGAAAAAUAGACUAACCAACCAGAUGUAAACUGCGUGUUAUCACUUUGAAUCAUGGAACUUUACAGUGGUUAUUUAUUUUGGUUUAGCAAUCAAGAGACCUGCCAAAAGUCUAGGAAUUGUUGGAAACUGGAACUGCGAUGAUCCGAAGUAAAUAACCAUCACGAGUUCGGUCAAAUUUGUGCAGUCCGAACUUUUAUCGCAUUAGCCCGACGGGCGCUCAUGACGGACGGAUUAUAUUAAUGCAAGUCAAUUUGCCUUUUGCAAAUUUCGUAUUUCCCCAUGAUUUGUCAGUUGCUGGGCCCUUUGAGAAAUUUUGCACCAUAUGCCAUUUCUGCUCAGCCCCCUCAAAUUCUUUGGUUAUUACACCACUACCCUGAAUCAAUUUACCGCCUUUGCACACGGUAAAAAAAUUGUAAUUUGAAUGAAUCUUUCAGUGAAAAAUAAGGCUAGUGACGAAUAUUUAGUACAUGUGAAACCCAACUAGGAUAUGAUAGCAUCACGAAUGCUAAUCACAGUCAUGAUUACAAUAGAAAUCAUCAUUACAAGAUUCACGAGUGAAAAGGCCCUAAAUUGAUUAAUUUGUUAGGAAGGUGGUGUAUGACUCCGGGGGGGGGGGGCAGUCAAAUAUAUUGCUGUACA